CUAAAUAGUGGUUUGCUCUGUGCGUGUGAGAGAAGGAAGAAAGGAGGGUAUCCACUAGUGGAGUGCGGCUAGGCUGGAAGAAGGGCACCAGAUACUUUUGUGUUAUUCCUGUUCACCCAUUUCCAGCUUUUUAUCCUGGCGAAAGGUUGAACGGUUAAAAUGGAGGCGGACAGAUCCGGUGGAGGAACAAGCCCGAACUCCGGCGGCGGCGGCGGAGCGGGGCGCAACCCAAACGGGCCCAAAGCAGCACCGAGCCAGGCGACAUCAGCUGCGGCGACCGGGGCGAUGGCGGCGGCGGCAGCGGCGGCGGCGGCGACGGCAGCGGCUGCCGCGGGAGCCAUGUCGGGCUCGUCGCUGCCUCGGGAGCCGCAGGAUGGGGACUCGGGCAUGACGCUUCCCGGGAUCCUGCACUUCAUCCAGUUUGAGUGGGGACGCUUCCAGGCCGAGAAAUACCGCUGGGAGGCUGAGAGAGACGAACUCAGGGCUCAGGUGGCAUUCCUACAAGGUGAGAGGAAAGGGCAGGAGAACAUGAAACAGGAUCUGGUGAGGCGGAUCAAAAUGCUGGAGUAUGCCCUCAAACAGGAGAGGGCUAAGCACCAGAAGCUGAAGGCAGGAAAUGAUCAGAGUCCUGGAGACAAGAAACCAGAGACUGAGGCAGACAUUCUUCCCAAUGGGCCAGCUGAGUCAGACUCUGAGCCAGCCAAUCAGAUGUCCUGGAAGGAGGGACGUCAGCUACUACGCAAAUAUCUCGAAGAAGUGGGUUACUCAGACACCAUCCUAGACAUGCGGUCCAAACGCGUUCGCUCCCUGCUGGGCCGAAGCAGCCCCGAGUCCAAUGGACCUCCUCCCAGUGAAACCUGCCCAGAGGCCGAACCUCGGUCAGCUGGCGAGUCUAUGUUGGUCAGACAGAUUGAGGAACAAAUCAAAAGGAACGCCAGCAAGGAAAGCUCUAAGGAACGAUUGGGUGGCUCGGUCCUGGACAAGAUCCCCUUCCUGCAUGGCUGUGAAGAUGAUGAUGAAGACAGCGACGAGGAAGAUGACUUCCAAGGCAUGGCCACUGAUGGCAUCGUUGGACCGCGCAAGAGCAAAAAGUCACGCGUAAAGAUGGGUUCGGAACCUAUGACCACAGAUUUGGACCCGGAGGACGAGGAAGACGAAGACGACUCGGAAGACGCGCUCGGCGAAUUUGACUUCCUGGGAUCUGGGGAGGAUGGGGAGGGGGCGGGAGAGGCUCGGAUCUCGGGGGACGGACGGGAGUUAGAGAACCGCAGGAACAAGUUACAAGGCAUGAUGUCGGACUUCCCCCCUAAACCUACCCCGUCCCCCUCUGUAUCAGGACAGGCUCGCUCAGGUGAAGGCGGCGCCCUGGGAUUCUCCUCUGAUGUUUUCAUUAUGGAUGCUGUUGGAGGAGGAGAUAUGAACCUGGGUGAACUGGCUGAUCUUACAGUUGCCAAUGACAAUGAUCUCUCUAUGGAUAUGCAGGAUAACAGAGAGGAGUUCAAGAAGACAUGGAACCCUCGUUUCACACUACGCAGCCACUUCGACGCCAUCCGCGCUUUGACCUUUCACCCCAGCCAAGUGGUGCUGCUCACAGCCUCUGAGGACGGAACACUAAAACUGUGGAACCUCAGCAAGACCAUGCACUCUAAAAAAAACGCAGCUUUAGAUGUUGAGCCCAUCUAUACGUUUAGAGCACACAGUGGAGCUGUUCUGUCACUGACCAUGAACGACGAUGGAGAAUCAUGCUACAGUGGUGGUUUGGAUGGAACCGUCAGGUGCUGGAAGAUGCCAGACCUCAACGUGGACCCUUACGAUAACUAUGAUCCCGGCAUCGAGAGCAGUGUGCUUGCAGGACACGAAGACAGCGUGUGGGGUCUCACCUACUCCUCAGUUCACCAUCGUCUCGCCUCGUGCUCAGCCGACGGCACCGUUCGCAUCUGGGACCCUCAGAACUCAGCGCCGUGUCUGUCUGUCUUCAAUAAGGAGAGAGAACACGGAACACCCACCUCUGUGGCCUUCGUGGCCACCGACCCAAACCAGGUGGUGGUGUCAUUCGACAGUGGUGAGACCCUUCUCUACGACCUCAACACAGAGCAGAGCCUCACUGCUCUAGAGACGCAGACCAAGGAUGGCAGUGAGCUGAUCAACCGUGUGGUCAGUCAUCCCUCUGAGCCCGUCUCCAUCACUGCACAUGAGAACCGCACCAUCCGCUUCCUAGACAACAAGACAGGUAAGGUGGUCCACUCGAUGGUGGCUCACCUGGAUGCAGUCACCUGUCUUACUACAGAUCCUAAAGGCACUUACCUCAUCUCUGGCAGCCACGACUGCUCAGUGCGCCUGUGGAUGCUGGACAACAGGACGUGCGUGCAGGAGAUCACGGCCCACAGGAAGAAGCACGACGAGGCCAUUCAUGACGUGGCCUUCCACUCUUCCCAGCCCUUCAUCGCCAGCGCUGGCGCCGAUGCACUUGCCAAGAUCUUUGUCUGACAUCACUAUCAUCAUUCUGAGUCCUCAACUACAAAUGGGCCAAAAGAGACCGAAGACUACAGAACUCACCCCUCUCCCCCUCUCUCUCUCUCUCACACACACACACACACACACACACACACACACACACACACACACACACACAAACUCUUGUCCUGCACCCCCCAGGAUGUCGCCUCCCCUCAGACCCUCACCGUCCUCCAAUGCCUCAGUGACUUCUUGUAAUACUAAUCACUGCUUUUUUUAUAACUUGGCUGCUCUGUUUUCAAAUAAUCACGUUUGGAUUAACACUUUUUUACACUACAAUUCUCUUUUGUGCUUUUUGUUUUUAGUCUGCCAACGGUUAUUACAAAGCACUGCACUGCGUGUGUGUGUGUGUGUGUGUGUGUGUGUGUGUGUGUGUGUGUGUGUGUGUGUGUGUGUGUGUGUGUGUGUGUGUGUGUGUGUGUGUGUGUGUGUGUGUGUGUGUGUGUGUGUGUGUGUGUGACCUUGAACUGCUGACACACUGCACAUUUUAAUAGAGAUCCAUCAAACAGUUACACAACACACACACACCACCUCAUUUUACCUUUUAACUAACAUCCAUGUAGACGUGACUUUAAAAAGAAAAUGUACCCGAUGUUGGUAGAGAACACCUGACCGACCUCUGCACUGGGAACCAGUGAAUUACAUUCCAAAGACUCCAGGGGUAGAGAUAGUGUGCUUUGUGACAUGUUGUGCACAUGUGAUGUGAGACGGCAGUAGACGGUUGCUAGCCAGUGUUAAACAAAUAGCUUUAAUUUCAACGUUAUCACCAAAACACCACCUCUGAUUGUUUGUCUCGUUAUCACAACACCUCCAUGAUUCUGCCUCUACUUCGUGUGUGUUUGUGUGUGUGUGUGUGUGUGUGUGUGUGUGUGUGUGUGUGUGUGUGUGUGUGUGUGUGUGUGUGUGUGUGUGUGUGUGUGUGUGUGUGUGUGUGUGUGUGAGACUAGCUGUGAUUUUGCUGUACCACAUAAAUUACCAUACUUCCACAGUCACCUGUACAGUUGUACAGUUUGAACCUGACUCCUCAUACUGUUCUCUGUGCUCUCGCACCUCUCUAAAGAGCUGAGUGCAGAUAUCAUGGGGGUAUGAGUCAACACUACAGACUGCAGGGGUGUGAGGCCAGUCAACAAAUGACACAGAUUGUGUCGUUUGGUGCUUUAUACUGUACAGAAGAGUGUGUGCGUGUGUACGUAUCUGCACUAGUUUAAUCACGGUGCUAUGAAAGACCUCGUCAGUCUUGAGUCAGAAUCAGGGACCUGUGUGUGUGUGUGUGUGUGUGUGUGUGUGUGAUACCUUCUCACUCAUUGGGCUAUAAAUGUGAGUGACUUUUUUAAUGAAUCAUUUUUUGUGGCCAGAUUUCAAAAUAAAUGCUCACUGUUGUAAUAUCUUAGCGGAGGGGAAUGAAUACUGCUGGCUUUGUACAGAACUCAUGGUCAUUGUAUUACUGUGUAUUACGGAAACGUGUCCGCAGAUCAGACUUUAGAUUGUCUCCGUGGCCUCUCGCAGUCCCUGAGAGUUCAAUUUCCGGAAAACCUAAAGAUCCUUUUUUCAUGUGCAUCAGAUGCUCAGCAGCACAAAACAGACAAAGUCCACUAAAAUUCCAGCAACAUUUGGAAAUGAAAAAUGCAGAAACGUUUGCAACGCAUGUUUACAGGGUCACACUAGAGGUCAGCAGUGUUCCAAGUAGCCCAGAGGUGAACACUCCUCUCCCAAUCACUGGAAACAUUCACAGUUUUCUCAAACAGGGUUGUCUGGUAAGAUAUUCCACUGUGUGUGUUUUACAGCCAUUUUUCUGCUGCUGUGCAUGAAGCCCUGUAAUUAAAUUACUUUUUGGUGCCACUUUGCACAACAACUAAUAGUAGAUGCUGUUAAUUGGGAGUGGUCGGGAACAGACAGGGUCCAAGAUGAUGUUUUUCUUCUACAAUCGGGAGUAAUCAAGAGGGUCGUUUUCAUUCUGCCCGACUUUUGACAAUAACGACAAAUCAGUACGAAAAGCCAACUGAGAAACAGAGGUUGUAAAUGAUGACUCGAGAUGCCAUUAUGUGCUGUAAAUGUCCCUCAUUUCCUGGUUUUCUUUCUCUCACAUUUCUUUGACUAUGAAUAUGAUUAUUAAGAUGUAAGAAUACUCUAGUAUCAUAAGUGAAUCAUUCUUCCUUGCUAGGCAUAGAAUUUGCUUGUGAUUGAUAAUGGCAAUGUAUAACUUGUAAAAAAACCAAAAAACAUUAAAAAGCGAGAGGAAAAAAAAAGAAAAUAUGUUGAACAAAAAAAAUGUCGGUUGCCAGUCAGAGGCCAAGAUAAAGGACUCUCAUUCUUUGUGUUUUUAUUUUUUUAUUAGCAAUUUAUCACUGUGUGAUAUUUUGUACAUCAUAUUAAGCUGUAUUCAAACUAUUUCCUCUAAGUACAAGGGAUAAGAGACCUGCUUUUUAUUAAUUUUGUUUUAUUAUAUAUUUUUGAACUGCAUUCUAGCUUGUAUCAAAUGACCUUCUCUUUUUGUUUAAGGGUCCCCUGUUGUAUGCCAUUAAGGAAGAAAAAAAAUGAAGAUUUUGUACAGUGAA